UUUAAAUUUUAUUAAGUCCUAUCUAAAACUUUAAAAAUAUAUUUAAAUUUAUAAACCUGUAUGAGAUAUUUGAGCUACGACAUCUACUUUAUUCAUUACCAACUAAGUAAUAUUUUUUUAUUCCUUGACCACCGUUACCGAGGCAUAUUAGAUCGAUACAAAUGAAAUUCCGUGUUAGGCUUAUACAAAAUACCGUGAAUCAAAAUGUCUAGUCCAAAUCCAGAACCUGAUUUAUCAUCAAUGUUUAUGCAAAGAGGAGAUGGACCAGGGAACCGAAGUCCUACGAGGUCCGAUGGUUCCUCGCGAAGAAAUUCAUCAGCAAAAGCCAACAUUUCUGCUGAAACAAUAACUGUCAAAGACUUUUUUGACUUCAUGAAGACUGCUUAUCAGGUUUAUGAACAUUUAGAGGGUGAUGAAGACGAAGGUUCGAAAAUUGACUGGGACGAACUAACCAAGUUGACGGUAAUAAACCAUGUCAUCGAACAACAAGAGCGAGAUCUUCUGUACCAGACCGCUUACGCUGAACAAAAGCCUACCGUGAGCAAAAGUGCUUGUACUAUCGAAAAUAAAAACAGUGAAGAUCGUCUUGAGAAAAGAUUUAGUUGCAGCGAACUGGAAGGAAAAGGACGUCGACGUUCUUUACCACCCGAAGCAAGAGUUGAGAUGCUUGGCAUUUGGACAGAGGCCAAUCUAAAUUGCAAGCUAAACGAUGUAGUAAAUGAGGGGAUUUUGGAUUCUAUUUUACCGUAUUUAGUCGGGUAUAAAAAACCGUCUAAAACAACAAGUGUUUACACACCAAUAAUCAAGAAAGUACCGUCUGGCACUACUGUCGAAAUCAAGAAACCUGCCAGUUUUGGAGGUUUUGUGGACGAGAAAGACUCUAGGGACCGCUUAGGAAGGCGCAAAUCCUCUGUUACUGUAGCCCAAGAUCGAGUCAAUCAAAAACAGGACGGGGAUGUGGAAAUUCACGUUUGUGAUGAAGUGAAAGGAUUGAAAAAAGAUUUUCGGUGCCCUCAAAAAUUGCUAGUUUCGAAAAUGGGAUACUUUGCUGACGUCACAGCCGGUCAAAGGCUGGAGGAUAUGGAUAUAUCAGUACAUUGCGAUAUACAGAUAUUCGACUGGCUAAUGCGAUGGGUGAAAAGGGACACGAUUUUGGUUGCAGACUGGCCUCUACUAGACCCUCAUAACGUGGUGCCUAUUCUUGUGUCAGCUUCAUUUCUACAGAUGGAGCCACUUCUGCACGACUGCCUCAUCUACUGCCACGCGCAUAUCAAUGAGAUUGUGAAGACCUCCACCAACUUAGCUUGUCUCAGCGAUGCGUUGCUCACUAGAUUAUCAGCCAUGUACACGAACGCUGAGCUCGAAGCUAUUAGGGACCGUAAGGACAAGAUUCAGUCUCGCCUGUACUGCAAGAUGAUCCUGUCCCUCGCGGAGCCAGUUCCUGAGACUCUCAGAGGACACUACUCCACGCUGGCUACACUCUUCAAAUGCAGCAAGUGCAAUAAGCUUCUAGGACGUCAUAUCGCGGAACAGGUGCCGUGCCAGCCAGCUAGCAUGCGGAUAGAUAGACGAGGAAACGUUGUCUCAUCACAUACCAAGGAUCAGACAUGGAGUCUGAACGAGUACAUAACGUGGUUGUACGGCGAAAUGCGGUCGUGGCGGCGCGUGUACUGGCGCCUAUGGGCCGACUGCCACUUCCUGCGCUGUCAGCUGUGCGACAGCUAUUUCCCUGCUUAUCAGAUGGAGUGGUGUUCCCACCACGAGCAGCCGGCGCACAUGUUCGCGCUGGAGGGGCGGCCCUCGCUGCCCGCCGGCCGGUACCCCUGCUGCGGCGAGAGGGCUUACAAGUUUGAAACUCUUACCAGGAACACUGGUUGUCAGUUUCGCGAGCACGUCCCGGACGAGCGGCUGGCGACGGACGCGUCGGUGAUGGAGAUCUACAAUCAGUUCCGCGAAAUCAUAGCGAUGCGACCGCCGCAGCUCAUGUUCCCCGAGCGACUGACGCGGCUCGUGGGUAGAGAACCAGGUGACGACGGUAACGGGCGGCUGCAGUGCAAGGAGGUGUUCUGGUGGGAGGGCAUCCUGCUGGUCCCGCCACGCCCGACCCUCGGCCUGCUCGGAAAGCUCUACACCAGCAACAACAAGUUCAACCCCAACGUGAGGCCUGGCUCGCCCGCUUUGGGUACGACGCAAGUAUCCGCGCAGUCCCUGGCCGGGAACUGCUCCAGCGGCACCGUGGUCGCUCCUGAGAGGGACACUAAGACGCCGAAACCACCCCCCGCCAAGGAAACCAGGGAGGACAGCCACAGGAACAAGGCGCCCCGGGCGGCGGCGACUCGGCGGCGGAGUCUGGCGGUGAGCAGUCCAGCUCGUCGGACGACAGCGAGCAGAGCUCGGCCAGCGCGCGCAGCGACGAGGACGCGGCGCCGCGCUCGCAACACCGCGCCCCGCGCAGGCACUCGCACACGCAUGCACAUCCCGCCACUAAGCGUACUCGCGUGGUGGGUCGGCAGUGGAUCUCGUGCUUGUCAGCGCGCAGCAACCAGGACGGGCAGCGCCGCUUCGAGGAGCGCGCCGCCAGACAGAUGCGCGCCGCGCUCGCCCGCACCGCCGCCUUGCAUCAGCAAAACAAGGCCAAGAUGCCGCCCGCGGGCGGCGUGUACGCGCGGCUGGAGGCGGAGUGGCGCGAGCGUCACGGGCAGCGCACGCGCAACACGCUGUCCGCGCGCCCGCGCCCGCACCAGCCCGCCAACAAGUACAAGUGAAACCAAUAAAUGUUCUCACAUCUCUCUUACGACUUUCAUUUAACAACUUUUUAGUUCC